AUGAAUGGACGAACAGUCAAUCUGGCAACCCAUAACAUAGCACUCACCGGAACCGAUGCUAUCUUUAUCGUUGUGCUGGAGGGGAAGGUAAUAGCAUCGGGCAGCCCGGGCGAGAUCAAGCGCUCAACAAAGCUUCCCCAGUUUUGGGGACCCCGUAACCAAGAAAUUGACCAAUUCAGACGCUCUCGGGACCCGGUGAAUUCCUUCCAACCUAGCAUAAAGCCACUGCGACUCGAGAAGGCUAGCGUUGAGAUUAUUCAGCAAGACAUCGCGGAUGGCUUUGAUGAAGACCUCUCUAACUCUAAAGAGAUCCAAAGCGAUGGCUCAAUUCCGUGGCGAGCCGUCUUUCGGUAUCUUCGCGCCAUGGGCGGUUGGGUUUUUUGGCCAUUCCUCGUUCUUGCUUUUGCUGGCCAGCAGUUCGGAGCCAUUGCUACGAAUUGGUGGGUUCGAGUGCUGUGCAAUGCAUACAUUACAGCUCGCCAGCAGACCGGUGCAGCCCCAUCAGAGAGUACCCAAGGCAUCAGCGUCGCAUACUACAGGCUCUUCCUACGUCCGGUGACCUAG